AUGCGUUCUCUCCGCCGCCGGACGUGGGCGUUGCCCAAGCAGCCCAGCAGCAUCGCCCCCGAGCAUGUCUGGAGCAACGCCGACCAAGACCCCGUUCCGCCAGAGAAAUGGACGUGGACAGGCUGGACGUUCACGCAGUACUGGCUGUCGGACCUGGUCACCAUCUCCACCUGGUCGGCCGCCAGCUCGGCCUUUGCGUCGGGUUUGUCUGCAACAGACACUAUUCUCCUGACUCUCGUUGCGGCCUUGUGCAAUGCCAUUCCUACAGUGCUCAACGGCGCAGUCGGGGCGGACCUGCACAUCCCCUUCCCGGUCGCCAUUAGGGCCAGCUACGGCUCCUACUUUGGCUACUUCUGCGUUGCCUCCCGUGCGAUCCUGGCUCUGUUUUGGUUUGGAGUGCAGAGUUCGUAUGGAGGGAGAUGUGUCACUCCAAUCAUCGUAGCCAUCUGGCCCAGCUACCGCAGCCUGCCCAACCAUCUGCCAGCAUCCGCAGCAAUCACCACCCAAGGAAUGAUCUCCUAUGUGAUCUAUCAUGUCGUCCAGACACCGUUCCUAUUUAUCCCCACCCAUCGCCUCCAUUACAUGUUCAUCUUCAAGUCGGCCCUUGUCCCGCCCAUGGCACUGGCCAUGGUCAUCUGGAUCAGCGUCAAGGCCGGCGGUGGCAGCGACCUCUUCAGCAAGCCGGCUACAGUCCAUGGGUCAGAACGGGCCUGGCUGUGGCUGACCAACAUGACCUCCAUCACCGGCGGAUUCUCGACCUUGGCCGUCAACAUCUCCGACUUUUCACGAUUCAGCAAGAAACCGGGAGGUCCAGUCUGGCAGCUUCCGAUGAUACCCUUCUUCAAGGUCAUCACUGGUUUGUUUGGAAUUAUCGCCGCCAGUGCAUCUCAGAAUGUCUACGGCGAGGUGCUCUGGAGUCCGCUUGACAUCAUCGAUCAGUGGCAUGGAUCCCCUGGUGGUCGAGCAGCGGCAUUCUUUUGCUCGGUCCUAUGGUUGCUUGCGACUAUCUGCAAUAACAUCUCUGCCAACUCCAUCUCUUUCUCGAAUGAUCUGACAACAAUGUGCCCCAGGUGGAUAAACCUCAAGCGCGGCAUGAUCAUUUGCCUGUUACUUGGAGGAUGGGCGCUCUGUCCCUGGAUCAUCAUCAAGAAUGGAACCACCUUCCUCAGCUUCAUGGGAGCUUACGCCAUCUUCAUGGCUCCAAUUGCCGGUAUCCUCUUCUGCGACUACUGGAUCGUUAAGCGGCGGAAGUAUGACGUCCCAGCACUGUACGAUCCGAGAAGCAUCUAUUAUUACAGGUACGGAACAAACUGGCGAGCCCUCAUCUGCAAUCUCGUCGUGAUCGUCCCCUUGCUCCCCGGUCUCGCCCACGCAGUCACACCAAACAACGUCCCAAUCAAUACCGGUCUCCAACAUCUGUAUUCAAUCAACUAUCUCUACGGCUUCUGUCUCUCGACGGUUCUGUACUUUGUUCUGAACCAUUUUUGGCCGAAUCGGCAGACUCUCAUCCCAGCUGUCGUUCCUGGGGUUGUGAUUGAUGGGCUGCCGAGUGCUGCGUCUGAUAUCGAGGCUCCGGCGGUGACUUCGAAGCAGGCGGCGCAUUCGGAUAAAGCAGUCGCUAGUGGUUAUUGA